AAAUAACCCACUUCUCUGGGGGCAUAAACGUCAAUAGCACCACGAAUUUGAAUUUAUCACACGCUGGAAGGGAAGAAAAGAAAAGAAAAGAAAAGAAAAGAAAAGAAAAGAAUAAAAUAAAUUAAAUUAGAGUAAGACAAUGUUUAAAUUGCAGCAGCAUCUUCAUCACUCUCACUGCUUUUACUUUGAGAAAGAGGCGCCUCAAGGUCAGCUCCACCACCACCACCACCACCACCUCUGCUUACUUACUCUCUAUGAAUUUUUCUUGAUACACAAAACUGGUUGUUUUGUUUUGUUUGCUCUCUCUUGCUGAUGCAUAUAUGCGUCAAUUCAUCAGUCUUUUCUUGUUUUCAUCUACUUAACUUUGCUGGAAUAGAUUUCGAAUUAGAAUUGGACAAAAUCUAAAUCCAACUUUAGAAAUCGCCAAACUUCAAAUCAGUGUUUCUUAGUAGUACUACUUACUAACAAAGAGAAGCUUAGUUUUUUUUUUUUUUUGAAUGAUUUUCUGAAAAACAUAGGUUAGGAUAAAUUAAACAUAAUAAUUUGUAUAUCCCCAAUCCAAGGCUAGUCAGAAUUAUAUCAACUGUAACUGCGCAAAUUCAAGCUGGCUUGUUUACGUAAAUUUGAUAUUUUCUUCCACUCUCUAAUCUCUAUACAUUUAAGCAUUCUGCAUAUUUCUAAGAAGAAGAUGAUGAUGACGAAGGAGGCAAAGAAGAAGGAUUCAUCACACUGGUGGUGGUUUGACAGCCACAGCAAGGGCAGUCCGAAUCGAUCGCCGUGGCUUCAGACAACACUUUCAGAGCUAGAUGAGAAGACAAGAAGAAUGCUGCAGGUGAUCGAGGAAGACGCGGAUUCAUUCGCGCAGCGCGCUGAGAUGUACUACAGGAAGAGGCCCGAGCUCAUCAGCAUGGUGGAAGACUUCUACCGGACUCAUCGCUCUCUAGCAGAGCGAUAUGAUCUACUCAAGACGGAGAGCGGGGGCCGCCUCCCAUCCUCACCAUGGUCAUCACUAUCACUAUCAUCAUCAUCAUCAUCAUCAUUGUCUCCACUGCCUUUCACCAAGUAUCACCUGGAGAAGUCUCCGAGCUUGUGUGAAGGAGCCUAUGACAGCUACUCCGAGGCCUGUGGGCCAGAUGAUGAGUCAGAUGAGUCUGAGGUCGAUGAUCCUGAGGAGGAGGAGGUGGUGGUUGGAUCAGACGUGUCAAGUGAUGGCCGUGAUGGGGAACUCGUGAGGCUCAGGGAAGAAGUGGCGAGGCUCGUGGAGGAGAACGAGAGGCAGAGGGAGGAGCUCAAGGCGAAGGAUGAGGAGAAACGCGAGGUCAUAAGGCAGCUAAGUCGAGCCAUGGAGUUGCUUAGAGAAGAGAAUGUGAUGUUGAGAGAGUGUCUGAGCAACAAAACUCCCAAGAAGGAAAGCAAGAUUGAAUACACCAAAAUGAAGGAGAAUUUCUUUGGGAGAUUGUUUAAUGGAUUUGGGAAACCACCAGUUAUUGCUCUCUAAAUGUUGGAAUUUGUUUGAACUACAAUUUGUUUGAGGGCUUCACUUUAAACUGUAUUCUUUAUUCUUUUGUGUGUAUUGUAUUAUAUUGUAAUUGUACUAUUGUCAUUCACUUCUAGAACUCAAUAUCAUUUGUAUUCUUGUAGUAGUAAA